UUACACUCAGCUGCUUCCGAAAAAUAAAUGCGGAAACUAGAUCAAUGAUAAUUAGUAAACACGGCAUAUUUUGAAGUGUUCAACCUUAAAUACUUUUAGUGAAAUGAUUUAGCACUUAACAAUUGUCUUCUAAUUUUGAAGACGGCUAUUGGACUUCAGCUAUUGACUAAGGAACACUUGCAUCGCUAGGUGACCCCAAUCAAUGUACAAGGUUAUGUCCCUUGUAUUAUAAACAUGGCAUCAAUUGUGGGCUUUGAGAAAAUAUCUUAAAACGCCUAUUUUCAUAAUCAGAAUACUCAACCCUUCUAUUUUGGCGAUAUGUAUGCUUCACCAUAUUCAUCGGGAGAUAGUCAAAGUCACACAUUAACAUUUCUGGAUAAUAAUGCAUCAAAAUGGAAAGGGAUAUUCACUACUGCCCUGAAAGGGGUUCAAAAGCAAGUUCAUCCUUGUCUAGCAACCAAAGAGGAUGCUUUGGAUUAUAUAGAAAAUCUUAUGAUAAGACUACUUGGAACUCUGUGUUCAGCUCAACCACAUUCACCAGAAGAUGUUGAUGAGCGCAUUUCUAGAACAUUUCCAGACCCUAUUGACAAAUGGGCCAUGCGUGAUGCACAGAAUGCCCUCAAAGAUGGCAAAAAGAACUCUACCAUUGUGCUCCCAGUUGAUAAAAUUCUUCCACUUCUCAGGGAUGAGCUGGGUUACAGAGUGGAUUACAAUCUGGCAUUAUACAUAACAGCAGUUUUAGAGUAUAUUGCUGCAGAUAUUCUUAAAAUUUCUGGUAUCUAUGUAAAAAACAUCAGACACACUGAGAUAAGUUUGCAAGACAUCAAAGUGGCAAUAUGUGCAGAUCAGGUUCUUUACGAUAUGUUCUUUCAAGAGGAGGAGAUCUCGGUUAUGGUGGAGGACGAACCAGUGAGAAGAGAAAAGAUGUCUUACGAGGAAAUUGUGAAAGACCUAAUUAUGGAAGAAACUCAGUAUCUUAGAGAUUUGAACAUGAUUAUUCGGGUUUUUCGCGCCCCUUUUGCAAAAUUCUUUCCUCGUUCUAAGGAUCUUGAAGUAAUCUUUAGCAAUAUUCUGGACAUCUAUGAUUUUACUGCCAAGCUUCUCAGCUCUGUGGAGGAUCAAGUUGAAAUGGCACAAGGGGAAGCACCAUUAGUUGGAACCUGUUUUACUGAUCUUACAGAGGGAGAAGAAUUCAGUGUCUAUGAACGAUAUGUGACUGAUAUGAUAGCACCUAAUGGGAAAGGUCGACUCAAUGCACUACUUAUGAGAGAUGAUGUUAUUGCUUACUUAAAGGAAGCAGGUAAUGGAUUCAGAGAAGCAUUUAAAUAUGUUUUACCAAAACUCCUAAUGGGUCCUAUGUUUCACUGCCUCCAGUAUUUUGAAAUAGUUAAGGCACUAAUUUGUGUAAGCCCCAGUGAUGAAGACAGAGAAUGUUUAACCCAAGCUGAUGGACUUUUACAAGCACUCAAAGCCCGGCUUGAAAGGCAACUUAGUAACAUACCAAAAAGAAAGAAUUGGGAGUUGUCAUUGAGAAUGCAUUCCCACUCAAGGUCAGCUACUGUUCAAAAGAUGACAGAGAUUCAGAAAAGCAUUGAUAACUGGGACAGUAAAGAUAUUAUUCAGAUGUGCAGUGAAUUUAUCAUGGAGGGCCCAUUAACGAAAGUAACUGGUCGCCGGACCCCCCCUGAAAGAUAUUGUUUUCUGUUUGAUGGGCUUAUUAUAUUAUGUAAAUCAAAUCCUAGAAGGACAUCAGGAACAGGUCCUGUUUCUGAAUACAAGCUGAAAGAGAAAUUUCUCAUCAGAAAAAUAGAGGUUGUGGAUAAAGAGGACACAGAAGAUUUGAGAAAUGCUUUUGAAAUCCAUCCACGUGAGCACUCACACAUUGUGUUACAAGCCAAGACUAGUGAAGAUAAGUUUAACUGGAUGGCUGCUCUGGUUUCUCUGCAAACAAGGAGUAUGCUUGAAAGAAGCCUGGAUAGUAUGUUGAGGGAAGAAGAGAAGAACAACCCUCUGAUACUGCCAUCUUCUAGUCAGUAUGAAUUUGCAAUGGAAGAUUCAUCAAAAAACAUAAUAUUUGAAGAAAAUCAGGACUCAUCACAUGAAAGUCCACUCAUUAAGGGAGGACAGCUUGUUAAAUUGGUAGAAAGGCUAACAUACCACAUGUAUGCAGAUCCACGUUUUUUGCGCACAUUUUUAUUGACAUACCGUUCCUUUUGUAGUUCAAGAGAACUUCUAGAUUUGUUGGUCAAACGCUUUGAUAUUCCUGAACCUAACUUUGGUAGUCCAACAAUGGAUGAUAAUGCUAGUCUUAAGAUGAGAGAAGACAUAAAGCGCUUUCGUAAUGAAUAUGUUAAACCUGUGCAAUUUAGGGUUGCUAAUGUUUUCCGUCAUUGGGUAGACAACCAUUUUUAUGACUUUGAACGGGACCCAGAGCUGCUGGUCAGACUCAAUAAAUUUCUACAAAAUAUCAAAGGCAAGGCCAUGCGAAAAAUGGCUGACAUUAUUUCAAAAAGUAUACAAAGGAAGCUUGAUAGCUCAAACACAGAGAGAGAGUUUACAUAUCAAGAAAAGAAACCAAAGAUUGAGUGGCACAUAACUAAGAAACCUGAAGAGUUUAAUCUUAUGACGCUUCAUCCAAUAGAAAUAGCUCGUCAGGUAACCUUGUUAGAGUUUGACCUCUACAGAGCUAUUAAGCCAUCAGAACUUGUGGGUAUGCCAUGGAUGAAGAAAGAUAAGCAACAAACUGCGCCCAAUUUGCUCAAAAUGAUCCACUUUUCAACUAAUUUCACAUAUUGGCUGGAAUUGUUUAUUGUUGAAACUCAUAACCUAGAUGAGAGGGUGGCGGUUAUGUCCAGAGUUAUUGAAGUGAUGAUGGUGUUUCAAGAGCUCAACAAUUUUAAUGGAGUGCUAGAGGUGAUUGGUGCACUCAACUCUGCAUCAGUCUUUAGACUGGAGCAUACCAAAAGGGAGCUUCCCAGUAAAUACCAAAAAGCUUUGGAGGAGGCAUCAGAGUUAAAUAAUGAUCACUUUAGAAAAUACAUUGAGAAGCUGAGAUCCAUUAAUCCACCCUGUGUCCCAUUCCUUGGUAUGUACUUGACCAAUAUUCUCAAAACUGAAGAAGGCAAUCCAGAUUUUGUAGCUAAUGCACCAGAGGGAAUCAUAAACUUUAGUAAACGAAGGAAAGUGGCCGAAAUUACAGGAGAAAUUCAACAAUAUCAGAAUCAACCCUACUGUCUAGAUCAAGAAAAUUCAAUUAGGGAAUUCUUUGCAAUGCUUGAUCCACUUAAAGAACGGAAAAUGUCAGAGAAAGAGCUGGAAGACUAUUUGUAUAAAACUUCGCUUGAUAUAGAACCUAGGGAUGGGAAGUUAGCCAGAUUUGGGAAAAGAUUUCAAGAGUAUUCCUUGAAAAGCCCUGGAAUAAAGCCCAGCACUAAUAGACAUGGUAGCAGUACAAAGAGUAACACUUUACCGUCUUUGCCUAAAAUGUCAGAGGAAGAUGAUUCUUCACACUCAGCCUGUAAUACACCAACUUCUCCACAUAAACCACAGAGCCCAACAGCCACUGUGUUUGCAAAUUCCCCUGAAGCAAAUUCUAAUUCAACUUCUAACAGAGAGAUUCAUGGACCACACACACCCUCCUUCAAUCCAACUGAUGCACCAGAACUCCGGCGUACACCUCCGCCAUUACCUCCUCGGCGUGGCAAUCCAUUUGUCCCUGAGCCACCCCCGCCGCCACCUCGAAUAGAUAGUGACAGACCACCACCAGUUCCUCCCCGACGGGACUCAAUGCCACAGCAUGUUGCACGUUCUCAAAGUGUAUCAAAUACCACAAAUGGUACACCUCCCAUAUUUUCUUACAAUUCAUUCACGUGUCAAGACUCUGAACCUAGUGAUGACCGGCCAGUGUUGCCACCAAGGACGUAUCUUGAAAGGCUUUCACACUACAGAAAACAGAGCAGCUAAAAUAAGAGACUAAUCAAAGAUUUUGUUGUUGGUUUUUUUCAAAUUCAAAAUUAAGAAACCUAGAAAGAAAACAAAAUUUCAUUAUGGAUUACUUUUUCUUACAAAGGCUGUUUUCAGUAGGUGGAUCCACAAAUUGUUAAAAAAAAAAUUCUAAAAAUUGGAGCUGGUCUCUCCAGUGUGAAUUGGCUUGUGCUUAUAGUUGCAGGUGGUUUCCUACAUCUACCUGCACCUGUGAAGUGGUGCUGAACAAAUUUUUCAUGAGUGAACAUUGGCUGUAAUGCCGGAGAAAACUUACUCCUGAGACCACAACAAAGACUUUCUGUAAGAGACUCAACCAGCAGAACCUGAGUGAAUCUGGUCCAUUGUGGUCUAAAACGAUAGCUGGUACAGUUGCGUCUAUUCACUGCAUUUAUUUUUCAAGACAGUUUAUGUAAAAUACAUUGAUGUGAUUUAAAGAGGAUAAACAAUGCAACAGUAUUGGUACCAGUGCCAUCUUUAUCUGUUGUUCUAUAGGUCUCUAGUGUUUGCUAUAAGCUGUGAUGUUUUAAGACUAAGAACUGUUCAUGUCCCUGUUUACAGUCCUGGUCUUAAUAAAAAAAAAUACAAUUAUUUAAACACAAAAAAACCUUUGAGAUAACUACAUAUUCUUACAAUGUAGAAUAAUAAUGUAUAUAAUUGUACAUAAUUUAAAUGUCUUUAGCUAGAGACUAUUUUGACUGGCUUUUAUAUAUAUCAAAUGUGAUGAACUCAUUCGAGGUCAUCAAUUCAUUUUGUUGGCUGUUUCAAAUGUUUGUGAAACACUAUGUACAUUUUUUUUUUGUGAACUGAUAGGUCAGUAGGUUAAUUGCUAACAUAGCUUGACCAGUGUUGGUCUGAAUGCUACAAUAAAUAGUGCACUGUAGACUACAUCUAGUAAUAGUUAGUUUCACAGAUAUAAGAAAAGGUCAGUAGGUCACUUGUUGACACUAUUUGAUAUCUUUUGUCCAUUGUGCCAUAUCAUUUAGUGUUAUUAUGAAACACAAGGUUAAAUGUUCACUUUCACCAGUUUUUUUUUUUUUUUUUGUAAAAUCUAGUUUUGUGAAAGAUCUCACUGUAACAUAAUGCCAACAUAAAUUUAUUUGCCAUUCACUACUAUAACCUGCCACAGCAAAGCCUCGGGAAUAUAACAAGUACCAUCCAGUCAUAGCGUAUCUUUGUGUAUUAAUAUAAUUACUAGAGUUAUGAUGUUUGAUACAAAUUGUUUCAAGAUACACAUAAAUGUUCUUUCAAAAUAGAAACAUUGUACUCAUUUUAACAAGAAGCAUAGUAAAGUUGUAUUGUUGUUCUUGAGGGAAGGUAAUCUACCCAGGGCUUAUCUUUUCUAGAAAGGGUCCAGGUUGCUAGUAGUAGUCUCUGUGGCCCAAAAUCUGUUAUGAGUAAUAAUCAUAUAAAAAUAAAAUUCAUUAAAAAUUGAAUCUUUCUUUUAUUUCUUAUACUUUGGUCUCUACAUUUCUAAUUUUCUAAAUCCGCUUUAUAUUGAAUUUGCAAACAAUGGUUUUGAAGGUUUUUUUUAACUGCUUGAACAAUUCAUAGACAAAUUAUGAACUAUCAUUAAAUUGGACAAGGCAAAAAUAAAUAAUGAAUUGCAAAAAGAGCAUAGUGCUUAGCUGGGUACAAUUUUUGUAUUAUUAGUUGCAUCAUUGCACUGCUGAAGGUCUUGGAACUAGGCAUCACCAAGGCUACUAAAUUGAUGGUACAUUUUCACCCCAUAGAAGCACAUUUUUAAAGAUGCUGCUAUUGUGUGGGUGGAUCCUCCUGUGAAGCCUUGUUUUAUACCUUUUUAGAAUUACAUCCAACAAACAGAGUAGUGGUAUUCAAAAUCAUAUUUUUUACUUAUAAAUAUUACUAUUCGAGUCAGAAUUAGAUUUUCUUUUUAAUAAAAU